AAACCCUAGAAUUAUAGAUCGAGAACCUCUCAGUGUCUGUGUAGGCGAGUCUGGCUAUGGCGGUCUGAGCUUGGCGUGAGGAAUCAGGAUUUGGGGGGUUGUCCGAGGUUAACGUAACCAUGCCGCUUUACGAUUUUGUGGUGAUGGUGAAGCCCGCCGUGGACCGGCGCGGCCUGGUGGAGUUGAUGAAACGGCUCGGGGAGCGUGUUUACUCUCGUAAUGGAGUUGUGACUAACAUUAAGUCGUUCGGUCGUGUUAACUUGGCGUAUGGCAUCAGGAAACGCGAUGGCCGAUUCUUUGAGGGUCAAAUGAUGCAAAUGUCAAUCAUGGUACCACCAGCAUUUCCACAGGAAUUGAAUUUCCUGAACAAAGAUGAGAGGCUUUUGCGAUGGAUGUUGAUCAAGAACCGGGGAAACAACUGGUCUAAAGUAGGGAAAGAAACUUAGUUUACGGAGAGACUUGAGUGGAGCUCGGGAACUUGCACUACCAUAUUGCUUGAAAUUAGUGACUUCAUAGAAUAGAGAGAAUUUUUCUGGCGUACCCACCAUCCCCGACCAGGCUGUUGGUUCCUCGAGGAUGCUCGGCAUUAUUUGAUGAUCCGUUUAAGUGUUACGAGUGUACAGGAAACUCGUGUUGUUUGCACCCUGUCCGGACGAUUGGAUUAACCUAGACUUGUACCCUGCAAAACACUUGUACAGCUUUUGCGAAUGUUCUGAUCCAAAUAUCAAAAACAUCCAGGGAUUGAAGUCUAA